AUGGCGACUCCGGUACAGCCGAAGUGGACGCGUCUGCCGAUCCGCACUCGCCCUCACCGGAACCCGCUGGCUGAAAACAGCGACGACCACCCUGACAACCCGUUGGAGUUGCGGGCGCGAUGUGUCGAGUUGUACCCUUCGAUGGGUAAUCCGGUCGUGGAAAUUGUGGAUGUGGGUUGCGCGUUUGGGGGAAUGCUGUUCAUGUUGGCGCAGGAGUUUCCCGAUGUGUGCAUGCUGGGCCUCGAGAUACGCCCUAAGGUGGUUAAUUUCGCCCAGCAGAAAACACUGGGUCUUCGUGACGGUGCCUCUGACGACGCCCACCAUUUCCGUAACGUGUGGUUUGAGCAGCUGAACGUGAUGAAGUACGGGUCAAACUGCUUUCAAAGAGGGCAGCUGCGGGCGCUCUUUUUCUGUUACCCGGAUCCACACUGGAAGCGGAAAAACAUUCGCAGGCGCAUCAUUUCUCCUGGGCUUGUCCACGAGUACGCCUACUGGCUGCGGAGUGGAGGUUUACUUUUCACCGUCUCUGACGUCGAGGAACUAGAGCAGUGGAUGGUGUCGUGUCUCGACGGCUGCCCAUUGUUCCGCCGCCUGAGCGAAGAGGAGGUCAGUAGCAACGUCAGCACGCAGAAGAUGUUGCGAUACGCAACGGACUCCAGCGAGGACGCACAGCGGACGGAGCGGAAGGGCCUGCAGAAGCACUACGCCGUGUAUGUCCGUCUCUGA